AACAAACUUUUAAACACCCUGAAAGAGCAGAGACCUCAGAACAGGUUGUUUGGGCAUUGCUGACCCAUGAAUGGGGCUAGCAGGAAAGGGAGGAAGGGAGGGAGGGACAGGGGUGAUGGUGGAUGGAGCACACCAUAGGAUGAGUGCUGAGCGCCCCUUGGUCAGAUCCCAUGUCUACCUGAGGUGUGCCAGCCUGCUACCUUGGGCCUGCUCCUGUACAGUUCUGUCCCUGGAGAGGUAUGUUCAGUGGGGACUUGCAUGUCACUGUCAACAUGGGGUCCCUGCCCUGAGCUCUCUGGACACACCACUGACUCUGUGUCUUGUCCUUUGCAAGUGCUGGUGGAGGUUGGUAGCCUGCCAGUGUAGCUGUGGCAGCUCAUCUUAGCCUACCUGUGCCUCCCUGACCUGGGCUGCUGCAGCUUGGUCUGCACGGCCUGGUAUGAGUUCAUCCUGAGCCUGGACAAAACAGGAGAUGGCUCUGCCUGGGGCUGCCUUGAGCACAGAUACCCCAACUGGCCUAACCAGCCUGUGGAGCCACAGUCCUGGAGAGAGGCCUUCAAACAGCACUACCUGUCCUCCACAGCCUGGACCAAAAACAUGCAGGAUGUGCAGUCCUCCAGCUGCGUCUCUCUCUUUCAGAGGAGGAAGGGCUGGUGCCAGCUCUGUGUUAGCAUAGGGGCUGAGUUCAGCAGGCUCCAGGCAGCCCUUGGCACUGCCACCCACCUUGUGCUGCUACCUGGUGCACAUGAGCAGAGCAAGGUGCUGCUGAAGGUGCCUGUGGAGGCUGUGGGGCAGGCCAAACUGGGGGAUGUGGCACUGCUGGCAAGCAUUGACUGUCCCACUGUUCACUUCCACAAUGUGGUCUUCAUGCUGUCCCGCUUCUCCUAGGUGCUCUACAAGACAAGCUCAGGCUAUGUCCAGUUAGACAGUUGCAACUUUGAAAAUGGGCAGCUGCAGAUCCAUGCACCAGGGACGUGCCAGGUGAAGUUCUGCACUUUCAGCCAGUUCAGCAUCUACCUCCACAGCAUGGCCCUCUGCAUCCUGGAGAGCUGCGAGUUCACCAGCAGUGGGACUGCCUCUGUAACUGUGAAGGGCUGCCCAAGCUCUGACUGUAACUGGGCCUGCAGACAAAGCAGCUUCCUCUCUGCUGUUGGUGCUCAAGCCCUGCUUGGCUCAGCCCAGGAAGGCACUGAAUUCAGAGAUGGCUUGCAGGCAGCAAAGGAGGAGGAAUCCCCAGCCCUCAACUCAAACUCUAGUGACAGUGACUUAAACAGCAACAAUGCAGAGGAUGCUCAGGCUGCCUACAAACUGCCCUAUCAAGCUCACAGUCUGAGUGACACAAUUGCUAAUGUUACGGACAGCAGGUUUCAAAGCAACAGACUGCACACUCUUCAGAGGGACCUUAAACUCAAGUCUCUGCAGCAGGAGCUGCAGCAGGACAAGGAGGCCCAGUCUUUGGCCAACUCUCUGCAAGGCUGCAUCAUCUGACAGUGCCUUUUCAGGGAUGGGAAGGGAGGACUAUUCAUUUAUUCACAAGGGCAAGCAAAACUGGAAGGAAACAUCUUCAGGGAUCUUACCUACGCAGUGUGCUACAUACAGAACAGAAAGGUGCUGUGAAGACUGCUGUGAGCCCUCUUCCCUCUCCCUCCUGCUCCACUGUCUCCUUUUCUAUGCAUUGCCUGUGUUAACCAGCCCAAAUGAAAGGCAGGUCACUUGCAGCCACCUGCUUUCUUCAUGUAAUUGCAAUUGGAGAUGUUAACUUGGUGGCAUGCUGGGGUCAUGUAGUCAGGCCUGCUCUACCUGUAAAUUAAACUCUCACCCUAUAAAAGUGCUGCAAAUCACAUACCACAAAUGCAGGGACUGCAGGACUGUGGUGUCAGCCUCUGGUCUUGACAGUUGCCGUGGCCAGAUGUGGCUGCUUCAGGAGACCCUCAGGGGAGGGAUUUUGG